CCACCCACAGAUUACGGAUUUAUUCCAUCCAGACUGCAGACAUGAGAUUGGCGGGACUGACACUAUCGAUCCUCCUGGGGGUGCUACUGCUCCAAGUGGUGACUGCAGCGGAGGAGAAACCAGGCACCUGUAUCGUGGUUAAUACCUUUGCACCAUGUGAGGAACCCAUCCCCAGGAGAUGUCACGGAGACUCGGAAUGUUCCGGGACAAAGAAGUGCUGUGAUGUCGGCUGUUCUUUUAGAUGCGAGGAACCCAUCACGGAGGAGAAACCGGGCACCUGUCCCGUGGUUAAUACCUUUGCACCAUGUGAGGAACCCAUCCCCAGGAGAUGUAACGGAGACUCGGAAUGUUCCGGGACAAAGAAGUGCUGUGAUGUCGGCUGUGCUUAUGAUUGCGAGGAACCCAACGAGUGAAAUCACAACAGGACUAGACAAGUCACAAGGUCUUCCAGAUGGUGAGACCGCCAUUGGUUCUUCUCUCCCGUGGGGACAUCACCCUGUCAAUGACUAAUAAUGACUAAUAAAUAACUAAUGACUAAUGUCAAUGACUAAUAAAUGAUCAUCCCAAUCUA